AUGGCCACCUGUCAAAGCAUCAACUCCGCGCCCCCACCUGCCCCCACCGUCUGCAGCAAGCGGAUUGCAUUCGACAUGAUCUGUGUAAACUUCGCCGCGCCCGGUGGAUGGGUACACAACGUCUGCAUCUUGCACAGUGGAAGCUCUUGCCUUCGUCUCCCACGACUCCAAUGUCACGCUGGUCCACCCCAGCGGUCCCGACGCAGCUCCCCAUGUGAUCCAUGUCAUCAACCUCCCCAUGCAAUCUAUGUCAUUAAGCUCCCGAGUCUGCCCUUCAUCUUGCUCAGCUUCUGCUCCGAGACUAAGCUUGUCGCUGCCGGCCACAACUCUCAACCAAUGCUCUUCCAGGGCAACCUUGAGGCCAGCUGGCAGCUUGUCAAGACCCUCGACGAGAGAACGAGCGCCUCCGCAUCCGCACAGGACAAGUCAAUGGCCGCCGCCGGUAUUGGCCGGCUGAACAACGAAGCCUUUAACCUCUUCUGUUUCGCCAACUCUCGCGGCCUCACGUGCUCCAUCAAAGGCGCCGCCACAUCCGCAAACCGCACCGGCGUCGACACCGUCCAUUCUAACACUACCACCAGCAUUUGUAACUUUUCCAGCCAACCCGACGCCGUCACCCAUCUCAGUACCUCCGGCUUCAACAGUAAGCUCGUCUUCUGGGAUCUUAACCGCGGCGGCGCUGAUGGGAUCACCAAAGCCAUGAGUAGCAUGCAAGUCUGA